AUUAAAAGAAAACAAAGACGAGUAAGAGUAACUCCAGACCCGGCCCUUUUCAAAUCCAUAACGCGCGACGCACUGCACGGACACGGAACCUUUCAACCUCUACCCGUCUCUGAUCUCUGGAGAUCCGAAACCCUCGAUCUCUCUGGUGGGAAAGCAUCACUGCAGGACAAUCGCCGGCGAGAUCUCUCAAUCGGAAAUAUUCUCGUUCCGAUCGUACUGAUAGACGGGGGAUCAUGGCUCCAGUUUCGGCGCUAGCCAAGUACAAGCUCGUGUUCUUGGGCGAUCAGUCGGUGGGCAAAACCAGUAUCAUCACCCGCUUCAUGUACGACAAAUUCGACACUACGUAUCAGGCUACCAUAGGUAUUGAUUUCCUCUCGAAGACAAUGUAUCUGGAAGACAGAACUGUUCGAUUGCAGCUCUGGGACACUGCAGGACAGGAACGGUUCAGGAGCCUCAUUCCGAGCUAUAUAAGGGAUUCAUCAGUGGCUGUCAUUGUUUAUGAUGUUGCAAGCAGACAGUCAUUUCUGAACACUUCUAAGUGGAUUGAAGAGGUCCGCACUGAACGGGGCAGCGAUGUUAUAAUUGUACUGGUCGGGAAUAAGACUGAUCUCGUCGACAAGAGGCAAGUCUCCAUAGAAGAAGGUGAGUCUAAAGCUCGCGAGAUGAACGUGAUGUUCAUCGAAACCAGCGCGAAGGCGGGCUUCAAUAUAAAACCACUGUUUCGAAAGAUUGCGGCAGCCCUUCCAGGGAUGGAGACACUUUCAUCAGCUAAGCAAGAAGAUAUGGUUGACGUGAACCUCAAGUCUUCGAACACAAAUGCGUCGCAGGCCCAAGCCCAGUCAGGAGGUUGUGCUUGUUGAUGAUUUUGUCUAGUCUUGUUCACUGUGACGACAGGGGUACUUGUUUCUUGCGAAGCAUUGUGUCGUGCUGCUGGUUUCGACUCGUUUUAUGGUUAAGAAACUUACUGGGAAGGUGAUAGUAAUGGUGUUAGGGGAUCUCGGUAGUCUAUACUUGUGGAUGGAUGGAAGGAAGGAAGUGUGACUAAUGUAAAUCAGAUAAAAGAGGAGAUUGAGCUAUGAGGGCGUUUGGUGGUUGAUGUUGCGGAACCAACUCUUGGCUCUUGGCUGCCUAGAACGAACUUCUUGUUGGUUGACCCAUUUGUUGUUGCUGUUCUUACAGAACAAAAUAGAUAUGGAAUUUAAUUAAUUGUCUCCACUGUUUGCUGGGUAACAUUUUAGAUUUGUGAGUUCGAAAGAUGAUUAUUGUUCUCCAUAAACAUCAAUUCCACAUCAUAUUCUUAUAUCAUUGUGAAAUCACAUGAUUAGGAAGUUUGUCAUUUUAGUGCAG